UAUUUUUUGAUUGCCAGAGAGCAGUUCAAAACAUUUUACUCGAAUUACAGUGUUAUCGUUAGUUUACAAAAAAAUAAAUUAAAUAUACAAAAUUUAGCAUGGAUUCGACUAUUUCGGUUUCCAAGGGUGUAUUCGUGUUUAAAAACGGCGCAACCAAAGCAGCAAAAACACGUCGAAAAAAGCAAAAAUGCCAUAGUUUGCUGGACAAAGCUACAAAUGAAUCGCUCUGGUAUCGUAGUUACCACAAACUAUGGGACAAAAUCAGCGAACAGCUUGUAAAACUGCAGGUUACCAGUUACGAAAAAAUCCUCGACGAUUUGUUGGCCUUCGUAGAAGAUUGUCGCCGACAAUCGGUGGAGUACGACGGUGUACUGCCAACGGCCGCUCUGUUGACCGGUAUCAAUCAAAUUGAUCAUCUGUCGCAGUUUGAAACCCUGGCGGGAAACAUCAGGAACAAUACGUAUUCGUUGGUCGUUCUGCUGCAGUCCAGGGACUGUCCGUCCAUAAAGGUCGCCGUUGAAGCUAUCGUUUCGGGCUUUGUAGAGGAGCAGCGUCUUGCUGAGGAUAGUGAAAGCAAACAGUUUCGCCGGAAUCAACUUAAUCUUGGAGUAUUACGGGCAUGGUAUCAGGAAAAACAUCAGCACUUGGAUAGAAAACCGAACUUGACAAUUAUAAUGCCGGAUUUCGAAGUGUUCGCACCAGAGGUUUUGCAGGACCUAAUACUAGUUUUGAAUUCCUAUGCAGCUGAGUUGCCGUUUGUGUUGAUUUUUGGUGUGGCCACUUCGGUAGCCACGGUACAUAGCGUUCUUCCGUACCACGUCAGCAGUAAGAUAAAGUUAAGCAUUUUCCAGUCGGAACCAUCGGUUGUGAAUCUGAACAAAGUUUUAAACAGUGUCAUUCUUACGCCCACUUGUCCGUUUCAUUUAUCCGGUAAAACCUUCAAGUUACUCGUCGACAUCUUCCUCUUCUACGACUUUUCCGUCAAAGGUUUCAUCGAAGGAUUCAAGUAUGCUGUAAUGGAGCACUUCUUCCAAGGUAACAUUUACGCACUGUGUAGCGUGACGAACGAUCGCGACGAUUUGGAGGAAGCGAUCGAUCUGCUUAGUUCCGCGGACUUGGAAAACAUCCGACAGUUGAUGUCAUUCCGACCGCUGAUCGAAUCGCUCGAUAAUCCGCAGGAAGUGAUCGAUUUUCUCACCAAGGAUGACUACCUGCGACGGAUGCUGCCCUCACUUAUUAUCGAUGUGCACAAUUUUUGGUUCACGUUUCACUGCGCUCUGGAAAUGUUGCAGGUGCUGACGUUAGAUCUACCGAAAUCGCCACUUGGAAAACAAUUGCGUGAAUUGUAUGGUCUUUGCAUCUCUACGGAGGUAACUCAAACGGAUGAAUAUCGGGAGUGCGCCCAAUUGCUACAGUUCACCUCCAAAGAUGAAAUCCUCCAGAAGCUGCUAAAGAUGUUGGAAAUAAUUGUGAAGUAUAGUGAUCUCAACGAUGAGGCGACCAUCAGGGGCGAAGUAAUUUUUGAAGUGGAGCCGUUGGAAAAAAUCAACAACGAUCUGGAAGCUUUCGCAACCACAAUCGCGCAAGCAGGAAUGAAUUUAGUGGCUGAGCAAGCAAGCGAGAUGAACACUACUUUUACGUCCCAAAAAAUUGGCCGUCAAGAGCUGAAAGAAAAGCUUCUGAAUGCCGCCCGUCAACCCAAGACGGAGUCUGUUUUUACCAAAGAGGUCAACAGACUUAUCUCGUACAUCACCAAUGACAUAUUUCGAAAAUAUUUAUGUCCGCUCAGUCGUGGUCCACCGUUGUUUGAGCUGUUCGUUUUCAACGACGCAGCAUCAGUCCGAAGGCACAUCGUUGGGGUGCCACGUGCAGCGGUGCAUACGGCGCUGAACAAUCCGCAUUACUAUCUGCAGUGUGAGUGUUGCGAGCUUGAUGGAGAUAGCAAUCUCGUAUCGACUCUGCCAGAUCUAUCGGUGGCCUAUAAACUACACUUGGAGUGCGGUCGAAUGAUAAAUUUGUUCGACUGGCUGCAGGCGUUCCGAACCGUUGUAGACGAGAAUAAUGGGGACGAUAAUGAGCGGCAAGUGGAUCCCAAAAUACAAGCUCGAUUUACCCGCGCAGUAGCUGAGUUACAGUUUUUGGGUUUUAUUAAGACGUCAAAAAAGAAGACUGAUCACGUGACCCGAUUAACUUGGUAAUAUUUGUAGCUUUGUUUUGUAUGCUAUGUGUUGUAUGUCUGUAUUUAUUGACUAUGUUUUGUUGGAUUCAUUUGUUAGAGAAAAUUCCUAAUAUUUUUGUUUUGCUACUGUUAUAAGAGUUUCACCAAACUCAAUAUUUUCGAUUAGAGGCCAAUGUGUUUAAAUUUUGUCAUUAAGGAAAAUUAUAUUGUAUUGUUUUUUUUUGACAUUUUUGAAGCAGUCAAUUUAUGAUAGGUCUAUACAACGCAUUCGCGUUCUGUCUCGUAUUCUAAUUUUUGCUGGUGAGAUUUACUUUUGCUUAGAAUUUGAAUAUUUACUCUAGUAUUGUAAAAACAUUAAGAACAUUGAAAGACAAACAGAAACAACUUACUACUAAUUUUACGAACUAAUUUCAUUUUUGUCAUAUGACUUACAUUUUAAGUUUAGAUUUGCGCAUCCUCGCCAGCUGCAUACAUUGCCCGCUUUACUACUAAUUGUUAUUGAAAUUUUAGAUAUAGCUUUAAAACAAUAGAUCGUUACGAAGUUAUUGAAGAUAUUCAUAAUUAUUCGUCCAUAAACUCCGUUUCUGUUGAAUGGCUAAAAUCAGUAAAUUAUUUUUCCUCCAAUUUCCUAACAAUAGAUACGUAUCCAAAAAAAAUAUAUGUAGGUACACUAAUAAAAGAGUUUCAUAAAUACAACAGAAUCGUGAAAUUUUCGAUUGCUUGUGACGUGUUUGUUCUUCCUACAUCAUUGAAUUUUUCUGAAGCAAAAUUUGUUUAAUUAGAAAAAAAUAUUAAAUAUCCAGUUUUCAAGCUAAAUCAAGUUAAAUUUUUUUUUCAAAAAAUAUUU